CACGCUUUCAGCGUGCAUGCCAUGACAUGUUUUUAUUUACCAGUGCGGGUCGGUGACAAUAGUGUUGAAUUCUUUGAACAAUAAUAAUAACUUAUACAUUGUGAAGCUGAAACGACUUAAAAGAUACUCUAAAUCACGUAAUAAUCAAUAGAAAUGGAGGAAUUCACACCAACAAUAAAGGUAGAAGAGCUUAUUAUAUCUGACGUGGCUACAGAGGCGGAAAUUCCGCUUGCUAGCAGCGAUUGGUGCUUUGAUGAACUGACUGUAACAAACGCCCUAAGGAAAGGUUCAACUGAUGUAAAACAAGAAGCUUUAACGGACAUCACCGAUGAAACUGAGACUAAGGCAGCUUGUAAUGAAAUUCCAGCUUCUAGCUCCAGCAACUCUGAAGGUUCGAAAAUACGAAAAACAGGUGUUGGUGAUCAACCCCCGAAAAAGUACAUUUGUGAAUACUGCAACAAAAACUUGAGCUCAACUAGUAACUUGAAGGAUCAUAGAAAAAUUCACACCGGGGAACAGCCUUUUACUUGUGAUAUCUGUAGCAGAACGUUUCGCACAAGUGAUAUGUUGCGCUACCAUAAAAAAGUUCACACGGGAGACCGAAAUUUUGAGUGUGACAUAUGCAAGCGACGUUUUAUCGUUAAGUCAAAUUUAUCGGCCCACAUGCAUAUACACCGUACAGAUUGCCUACAUAAAUGUCUGGUUUGCGAAAGAAGAUGCGCAAGUAAUGCCAGUCUUGUUGAGCAUAUGCGUACUCACAGCAAUCAGCGACCUUUCAAAUGUGCCCUCUGUGACGCAUCUUACACGAGACGUAAUAUUCUAAACAAUCAUAUGAAGAUCCACAAGGUUGAGCCGUCUUUAGGCAACACAGAAGUUUUGGGGUCAAAUCGAGCUGAUGACAGCCGAAGUAAUGAAUCAGCGAAAUACACCUGCGACAUAUGCGGCAAACAGUACAAACAAAUGGGACUACUUAACUCACAUCUAAAACUCCAUCAAAGCACCAUAAAGCUGCACGAGUGUGCUAUUUGUGGAUUAGGUCAUCGGAAUAAAUCGACGCUUAUAAUGCACAUGCUUUGUCAUACUGAAGAACGGCCUUUUCAAUGCGAUAUUUGCGGUGUAUCGUAUAAGACAGUUCAUGAUGCGAGAAAACAUAGGAAAAGACACACUUCCGAGAGGCCAUAUGAAUGCGAAAUUUGCGGGAAAAGGUUUUUUACUUCUUCCGAGCUAAAGCGGCACUUGUUAUGCCACACUAAUGAACGGCCUUUCAAAUGCAAUGUCUGCGGUCUAUCAUUUAGGCAUCAAUAUCAUGUUAGAAAUCAUAAACUAAACCGUCAUAAGUUGAAGCGUGAAAGCUUCACAUCCGAGCAAAAUUUUGAAACAUGCGGAGUAAUUCAUUACCUCAAGCACCUGAAGUGUGUAAGCAAGAUGGAGCAAUUUAGCUUAAUAAAGGUAAAAGUAUGCACUCCAACAAUAAAACAAGAAGAAUUUAAAAUAUCAGACGCUGUGGCUACGGAAGGGGAAAGUACGCUCGCUGGCAGCGAUCGGUUUUCUGGUAAACCGAUUGUAACGAACGCCCUGAAGAAAGGUUCAACUGAUGUGAAACAAGAACCGGUGAUGGACAUUACUGAUGAAGUUGAGGCUACAGCAGUUUCCAACUCCAGCAAAUCUAACAAUUUGGAAAUACGCCAUACCGACGUUGGUGAUCCUUCGCACGAAAAGAACGCUUGUGAAAUCUGCAAUAAAAUAUUUAAAACAAAAUACACCUUGAAAAAUCAUAGAAGAAUUCACACCGGGGAACGACCUUUUGCGUGUGACAUCUGCAGCAGAACAUUCCUCACCGCUGAACGUUUGCGGCGCCAUAAAUAUGCUCAUACAGGAGACCGACCUUUUGAAUGUGACAUAUGCAAGCGAAGGUUUCCCCAUAAAUCAUUCUUAGCGUCCCACAUGAAUAUUCACCGCCCUGAUUGUCCUUACAAGUGUAUGAUUUGCGGUAAAACAAACGCAAGUAGUUGUCAUCUCGAACAACAUAUGCGUACUCACAGCGAUGCACGGCCCUUCAAAUGCGACGUCUGUGAUGCGUCAUACAAGAGUCUAAGUGCUCUGCAAAAUCACAUGACGAUCCACAAGGUCGAUCCCUCCCCAGGCGACACAGGAGGUUCUGAACCAAAUCGAAGUGAUGGGUUACCCAAAUACACCUGUGACAUCUGCGGUAAACAAUACAAAAAUAUAAGACCACUUCACUUGCAUACGAAACUUCACCAGAGUACCACUGAAAUGAAAACUCACAACGCAAAGCACGAGUGUACGAUUUGUGGAAAAAGGAGGCCGAGUAGAGCAUUGCUUAUACGGCACAUGGCUUCUCAUACUAAAGAACGACCUUAUAAAUGCGAUAUUUGCGGUUCAUCAUUUAAGUCAGUUUAUGAUUUGGGAUGUCACAAGAAAAGGCAUAGUUCCGAGAGACCGUUUGAAUGCGAAAUUUGCGGAAAAAAGUUUCUACAUCCAAUCACGCUAAAGCGGCACAUGAUCUGUCAUACUGACGAACGGCCAUUUGAAUGCAAUAUUUGCAACCGAUCAUUUAAGUCACAAACUAAUCUAAGAAAUCAUAAACUAACACAUAAUUCAAAGCGUGAGAGCUUCACAUUCGAGUCGAAUCAUGUGACUACUCACUCUGAAGAACAGCUUUUCAAUUGCGAUAUUUGCGGUUCCUCGUAUAAAAGAGCUAUAAAUUUGAUAAAACAUAAGGAAAUACAUUCCUCGGAGAACCCUUAUCAAUGCGAAAUCUGCGAGAGACGAUUUCGAUUACCUUACAAACUAACGCGGCAUAUGCUUACCCAUACUAAUGAAAAGCCUUAUGCGUGCAAUAUUUGCAGGUUAUCAUUCAAGACAAUUUAUUCUCUACGAAUUCAUGAAAAAGCGCACAAUACAAAGCGCGGUAUGCACUCGGAGGAACGACCGUACAAAUGUGAUAUUUGCAAUUAUUCAUUCAAGACAAGUGCUGCGUUAGGGGUGCACGAGAAAACGCAAAAGCACCUCGUUCGAACACAACUGAAUCAUACAUGAAAAUGAUUAUAUUCUUGGUCGGUUUGUUACUUGUUUAAAAAAUAUUGGAAGGACAUAUUAACUAGUGCACUGUAACUAGUUUUUGUAAGCUACAUAAAUUACUAGAACAAAACUAUAAUGAUUGCAUGAACAUGAUUUAAAACUUAUUAUUGAAUUUCCAUGAAUAAAUUCCUUUUUGCUUUGAGCUGUGAGAA